CCUAUGAACCCCAGAGUGUGCCAGCUCUCCGCCAUAUUGACUGUUGUCUUGACUGGAGAAGAUAGGGAGCAUUUGUGAUCCUAGAAGAAUCGAAACUGUGCUUUUAAACAGCUAUAAACUGGUGCAAACUGGGCCAAAGGAUAUUUCUGAAACGCUUGUUAUGGCGAGGAAGAAAAGCAAGCAAGCAGCAGUUGGGAGUAAGGAGAUGGUGCCCGGACAGCAGAGCAUAUCGAAGAGCCCCGUCUCUCCCGGCGAUGCAGCUGGCGGGGGUGGCGGAGAUGCAGCGCUGGAUAGACUCGCCGCCAGGGCGAAUCAGCCCAUGCACACCUGCUGUCUCUUAUGUCACCGGGAGUUUAAGGACUGGGGGCCGAGCCCUGCUAACGGGCUACCCGGGGGCCAUGGUGCGAAGCUAGCCGACACUCCGGCUCUGUCUCAAGCCCUUUUUAGAGAGGUGCCGGGCCGGAAACUGGCAGACGCUGUGCCGUCGUUGGGCCAGUCUCUACUGGGAGAGGUUCCGCUCUGGAUCUGCCAGAGCUGUCGGAAGAGUGUGGAGGAAGAGGAGCGACGGAGCACCCAGGAGGCUCCUGCACCGGUUCCGUUGUCCCACUUGUCGUCGUGUAAGGCCCAGAGCUACGCUAACGGUUACCCAGAGCAGAGCUCUGUAGACUGGGACCCAUCUUCCUUCCUGUCGGCCCACAAGCUGUCUGGCCUCUGGAACUCUGCUCACAGUAAUGGAGGUGUCCACUGCAACCACAGUGCCACCUCGCACACACAGCAAGGAGCUGGAGGACCUGUGUGUCAUGAAAAGCGAGGGUCUCACGAGGCUCCUGGGAAAUCUGCUAAGACGUCCGGAGCCAAGGUGUGUCCGUACAGUCAUCCUUCCCAGAAUUCCAGCGUGUCGUCCCCUGGGAACCCCCUCUCUACCUCCGGGGACCUCUGUAAGACCGCCCCAAAGCACUUCAAGACCAUGUGCCGACGACCAACUCCGCCUGGCGAAGCCUUCCACCCCAACGACCACCACCAACACUCUGACCUGUCAGUCCCUCCCAACAGUCCCACUGGACUCUCCUCCUCGCAGCAUUCCUCACUACUGCCCCUCAAGCAGAGCUCUGGUGGGCAACACAGCCAUGUCACCUCCUCAUCCUCCUCCUCCUCCUCAUCCUCCUCUUCUCCCGGCCUGGUGGCUCACCCUCCCUUCACGCUGGUACCAAACAUCCACAGCCCCGUGGCAGGGGCCAAGUUGGGGGGCCCGGGGGGGCCCGAGUGUCCUACAGGGGCCCUCCAUAAACCCUCUGCCUGUAAGAACUCCCACAUUCCUGCUGUCAACAGCCAGCACAGCAAACUGGGCCCCUCCCUAAUCAGCUGCAACCACCCUUGCAACGGCCACAACGGAGGGGCGCCGCCCACUUCCCACGUGGGUCACAUGCCUCCCGGACAGCACCUUCCCGCCGGCGCCUGCAGGGACCAGGCGUGCAAAGGCCACAAACUGUCCAACGGGGUGGGGGGGCUAUGUCACCCCCCCUCUGAGAUGGAGGAGGGGGAGGAUGAAGACUCCAGCUCAGAGAGGAGUUCCUGCGCCUCCUCCUCAACCAACCAGAAGGACGGGAAGUACUGUGACUGCUGCUACUGCGAGUUCUUUGGCCACAACGCGCCCCCGGCAGCUCCGACCAGUCGUAACUACGCAGAGAUCCGUGAGAAACUCCGUUCCCGACUGACCCGACGCAAAGAGGAGUGUGUUCCCCAGAGGCAGGACUCGGACCCGGCCGUGUCCACCUCCAUCGACCACCGGGAUGUGGACGAGUUGCUGGACUUCAUCAACUCCUCGGAACACAAAUCGGCCAACAGCGCCAAGGCCGCCAAGCGCGCGCGCCACAAACAGAAGAAGAAGGAGAAGCAGGCCCACCAGGGGGGUGGUUAUAAUGAAGGAGCAGGAAGUGACCCUCCGUCCACCCCUCCAGAGCCAAAUGACGACCCAGACCACCCGGGCCAGGAUUGUCCUGAUGAGGGGGAUGUUGAUGGAGGACCGGAGGCCAGUCGACUGCUGGAGUGGCCUCAGCUGGAACUGGAGAGGGUCAACUCAUUUCUCACCUCUCGCCUGGAGGAGAUCAAAAACACCAUCAAGGACUCCAUCCGGGCUUCAUUCUCCAUGUAUGACCUCAACCUCGAUGUGAACGACUUCCCUAAAAAGGCUGCUACUCUGGAGGGGAACCAUCUUCUCUCCCACCUGAACGGCUCCUCCUGCUCCGACCUGCAGCAGAUUGACCUGGACCUGGCACCCCUCUCCCUGGGGACCUUCAAGAGCCACCUGGACCUGGUCAACGGCUGGGAGGAGGCCCAUCCCCGGGACAACUCUCAUAUUGGAGGACCCAUCGUCUCCCACUCGGGCCCUCCUAGUGCCACAGUACCGGAGGUGUCGGGACUAGGGCCGAAUGGGGCGUGUACUGGGCCGAAGGAUGUCCAGAGGCUCCACUCCACCCCCAGCCUCUCUAAGCUGAUCCGGGUGCGCUCCCCGGAGAGGUGCCCCUCUGCUGGGCCUGAGAGCAACCACAAGGCCCCUGCUUUGGCCCAGAACCCGGCCUCCUCCGCUACGGUUGCUAAGCCUAAGGAGGAGGCCCCGGCAGAACCCAAGAACACUACUACGCCCACUCCUGGAGCCGGGUCUAAUGCAGGAUCUGGCAAGCAGAAGAAGGGCAAGAAGCAGCAACAACGGCAGGACCAACUGCCCCCAGAGCAGAACCAGAACAAAUCCGGUUCCAAAGCGGCGGCCGAGCCUCAGAGAACUGGUUUCGCCGGUUCUGACACAGUGGGUUCUAACGGUUCUAAGUCUGGAUCCGGUUCCAAACCUCCGCCUAACUUAACUGACAGCCAGAGAACCGGGCCUCGGAGGCCAGAGGAAGCCCGGCCGGCCCGGCCACCAGCCACCAACGGGCCCGCGAGUGGCGCCCAGAGAGGGAGGGCAGAAGGCGGGAGGCCAGGGGAGGAGCCGGAGGCAAAAGGGCAUUCAGCCAGUCACAACCAAACCCAGCAGCAGCCCAAGGGAAAGAAUAAGAAGAACAGGAACAAGGGCGAGAAACCCAGUGGUAACAUCGAUGAUGUGUUCCUCCCUAAAGACGUAGACCCAAAAGAAAUGGAUGAGAUUGAUCGUGAGGUGGAAUAUUUCAAAAGGUUUUGCCUUGACUCUGCUAAACAGACCCGGCAGAAGGUGGCGGUAAACUGGUCCAACUUCACCUUAAAAAAGGUUUCUUCGAAUGCGGCCCAGUAACUGACAGUACCAUCCCCCCCCUCCCCCCAACAUAACUAUGUCCAUAGAUCCCAGAAUGGCCUGAGGCCGCCUACACCUCUUCCUCAUUACCAAGCCAAGGGACCCUGGUUCAUCAACCUUUUUCCUUUGUCAGGACUGCUGCUUUUGGCUCACAGCAGCCAGGGAUCAUUCACAAGGCUGACUCUUCAAGUCUUUUCUGUCUUUCACAAGAGAGAGAAGAGAGGUUCGAACCAACGUCCAUCUGUCUGUCAGAUCAGAUCUACAGCAGAGAUCUGAUCCUCUGUGUGCUUCUUCACUAUGUAGUAUGUAAACAGUUACCUUAUACAAUAAAGUGUUUUUAUUGCAACUGUGGCAGAUUUUAAACUUGUUAAAAACCUAUUGGAUUCUUAUCAGUUGGUUCUGUUUCCCAAAGGUACAGCUGUUCCACGGGCCAUGACUAUUUAGGAGGUUGUCCUCACUCUACUCCAACACACAACCCUUUGUGAAUCAGAAUCUGUGGAUGUAGGCACUGUUGUAGAUUAAUUGUCUCAAUUUACAGUGAUUUUUAAGACGUUUUGGAUUGAGGAUAGGCGUUAUGGAAUGGAGGACACGUGUUUUUAAAACUGUUUAAACACAAUACGCUGUCAUAGAUUCCACCAUCAUGUGUAGGUUUUUCACCAGUCAUGAUCUCCACCAUACUGCUGCUUUGAUUGUGCCACCCCUCAAAAUGACAUCACAGGCUGAAUGCUGCCCCCCCCCUCCACCCCCUGAAUAUGACAUCACAGGCUGAAUGCUGCCCCGCCCCAAAUAUGACACCACAAGCUGAAUGAUAUCCCCCCUGAAUGACAUCAAAGGCUGAAUGCUAUCCCCCUGAAUAUGACAUCACAGGCUGAACCAACACUGUUAAUUAUGUCAUCAUUACUUGGUGGCAGCUGGAAGUAUGCAUUUAAGGCUCUGGUCAGAAGCCCUACCCUUAUAAGGUAUUUUAAUAUCUUCAGUUCGGCAUUAAUAUAAACAUUAAUUUUUAUUUUUUAUUUUAUAUAUAUAUAUUUAUCCAAUGAUUGUGUUUAACACUUCAAUUCACAUCUUGACAAGAUGUGUUAAAUUAAAUAAAA